AUGCCUCGUAGCGACGAAGCUGAAGCUUUCUUUGUUGCCGUCUACGAAACGGUCCAGCAGAUCCCAUAUGGCAAGGUGACAUCCUACGGGCAUAUCGCUAAACUGGCUGGCUAUCCAAGCCGUCCACGUCAAGUUGGUGUAGCCUUGAAACACCUGUCUACAGACCCUCAAGCGGAAUUUAACGGUUCAAAUGUCCCCUGGCAAAGAGUUAUUAACUCACAAGGUGUCAUAUCUCAGAGAGAGGUUGUAUCGGGUAUGAGAAGACAGGCUGAUGUUCUUCGAGGGGAGGGAGUAACGGUGGACGAGGAUAGGCAGGGCACCAUGUCGGUAGACUUUCGAGAAUUCGGUUGGUUUCCUGCUGUUGAAGACAGCGAGGAUGAAGAUGAAUGA